AUGAGAAGAGACCUGAAUGAGUUGAAGGAUUUGAGAGCUGAUGUGAAUAGGAUGAUGGAAUAUAUGAUGGGUAAUGAGAGGGAAAACAGAAAUAGGAGGGAGGAAGUAGGUGUGCAUGUGGGAGAUGGAGUGUUUAAGUAUGGGAACCAUCACUUUGAUAGUAGGAGGUUUUGGCCACUAAGGGGGAGAGUUGUUAAAGGUAGAAAAGGAGGAAGACAACUUAGAUUUGAUGACUAUGGUGAGAGAGAGAUGCACUAUGAGAGGGUUGAUGCUAAUGUGGAGGAGAAGACAUGGCUUGAGGGUGUUACUACUUGGACCGAAAUGAAGGAGAUCUUGAGGGAAAGGGCUGAAGUAGAGGAGGAUGAAGAGGCCACCAUGGUUCGGUUCUUGAAUGGGUUGAAUCCCGACAUUACUUGCAUGGUUGACUUGCAAAAUUGUAGAACGGCAGAACAAAUGAUGCAAGUAGCCAUCAAAAUAGAAAAGGAGAUGAAGAGGAAGCGGGCUGCCAAAAUGAAGAAGGAGAAGUGGAAAGGAAAAGGGAAGACGGAAGGAAAGGUAAAAGAGAAAAAUAAGAAGGUGGAAAAUAGAGCAAGGGAUGUGAAGUGCUUCAAGUGUUUGGGAAGGGGCCAUUAUUCCAAUGAGUGUCCAAAUAGGAGAGUGAUGUUUAUUAGAGAAAAUGGAGAAUGGGAGAGUGUGAAGAAAAGGCCGAAGAGAGUGUUAGUGAUGAUAGUGAUAAUGAGUAUCUUGAUAAGGGAGAGCAAGAUCCCACAUAUGGUUGUAGUGCCUUUUAGCAUUGGGAAGUACCAUGAUGAAGUAGUUUGUGAUGUGAUGCCUAUGGAAUUUGAGGAUGUGUUUCCAGAUGAUCUUCCUUCGGGUUUGCCACCAAUUCGGGGAAUAGAACACCAAAUUGACCUCAUUUCGGGUGCUCCAAUUCUAAACAAACCAACAUAUAGGAGUAAUCCUGAGGAGACAAAAGAACUACAGAGGGAAGUGGAAGAACUUUUGGCAAAGGGCUAUGUGCGUGAAAGUAUGAGUCUAUAUGUGGUUCCAGUGCUCCUUGUACUAAAGAAGGAUAGGACAUUCAAAAUGUGUGUAGAUUGCUGUGCUAUCAACAAAAUCACGAUUAGAAUGAAAGAGGGGGAUGAAUGGAAAACAGCAUUCAAGACAAAAUAUGAGUUGUAUGAGUGGAUGGUUAUGCCAUUUGGGCUAACCAAUGCACCUAAUAGAGUUAUCUUUCUUGGUUAUGUUGUGAGUAGCAAAGGUAUGGAAGUAGAUGAGCAAAAGUUCAUAGCCAUUAGGGAUUGGCCAACUACUAAAAAUGCAUAUCAGGUUAGGAGUUUUCAUGGAUUGGCUAGUUUCUAUAGGAGAUUUGUGCCUAAUUUUAGUACUAUUGCUGCUCUUUUGAAUGAACUUGUAAAAAAAGAUGUUGUGUUUGAAUGGAAAAAGAAGCAUGAAAAUGCAUUUGCUGAAUUGAAAGAGAAAUUAUGCACUGCACCAUUGUUGAGCUUACCUGAUUUUGAUAAAAUGUUUGAAAUUGAAUGUGAUGCUAGUGGUGUAGGUAUAGGUGCGGUUCUGAUGCAAGAGAAAUGCCCUAUAGCAUAUUUUUGUGAGAAAUUGAAUGGUGCUGCCUUGAAUUACUCUACUUAUGACAAAGAAUUGUAUGCACUUCAAGGAAAGAAAAAUAUUGUUACUGAUGCACUUUCUAGGAGGUACUCACUUUUGUCUACACUUGAUGUAAAGUUGCUUGUGUUUGAAUUUAUGAAAGAUUUGUAUGCUGAUGAUGAUGACUUUGCUGGUUUGUAUGAUGCUUGUGAGAAUGAAUUUUCACCUUUUCAGCUUGUAUAUGGAUAUAAUCCACUCACACCACUAGACUUACUACCAUUGCCUAUUGAUCAUAUUGAUAGUCUAGAUGGUAAGAAAAAGGCUGAAUUGGUUAAGAAAUUACAUGAGCAAGCUAAGGCACACAUUGAAAAGAAAAAUGCACAAUAUGCUUCUCAUGCUAACAAAGGCCGCAAGGUACUUGUUUUCGAGCCAGGUGACUUGGUAUGGGUACAUUUCAGGAAGGAACAAUUUCCAAACCAACGGAAAUCGAAACUGCAUCCAAGGUGUGAUGGUCCAUUCAAGGUGUUAGAACGGAUCAACAAUAAUUCCUACAAAAUUGAAUUGCUAGGUGAGUAUGGCGUUAGUGCUACAUUCAAUAUUUCUGAUCUUUCUACUUUUAUUGAUGCAGGGUCAAAUUCGAGGAUGAAUUCUUUUCAAGAAGGGGGGAAUGAUGAGGAGACGCCACCACCGGAGCCAUUUCAAUUGUUCAAAGGUCCAAUUACAAGAGCAAGGGUAAGGGAGUUGUAA